AUCUUUGUUAAUCCGAGAUAAGUGUUCUCAUAGUCUAUUCCAUUGCGUAUUUCGAUCAUUGUAAUUGGGUUUGAUCAUCGAUGGCUGAAGUAGAAGUGAACGAACGCAGGAUUGUGGUAGCGGUGGACGAAGGAGAAGAGAGCAUGUAUGCGCUAUCCUGGUGUCUAAAGAACGUAAUCUCCCGAGAUUCGAAAGAUACCCUUAUCCUCCUUUACGCUAAACCGCCUUGCUCCGUCUACCCUGCAAUCGAUGGAACAGGGUAUUUGUUUUCCUCCGAUAUAAUUGCGUCGAUGAAGAAAUACAGGACGGAUGUUGCGGAUUGUGUAAUGGAGAAGGCCAAUAACGUCUGCAAGGAUAUUCCUAAUAUUAAGGUGCAGACGAAGGUAGGGAAUGGGGAUCCGAGGGAUGUGAUAUGUGAAGUGGUUGAGAAGCUCGCUGCUGAUUUGUUGGUCGUGGGAACCCAUGGUUAUGGUUUCAUCAAGAGGGCUUUCCUUGGAAGUGUGAGUAAUCACUGCGCGCAAAAUGUCAAGUGCCCUAUUUUGAUUGUGAAGAUGCCAAAAUCGGUGGGUACCAGUAGUUUCCGCAAGUAAUCGGAGUUUAGCUUCGUGAGUUCUGCUCGUCUGGGUAAUCGUUUUUGGGGAAUGGGUAGUUACUGUAGUGUGUAAAUACUGAUUUUUGUAGGAAUUUUUGUUUUGUCUUUUAUCCCUCCCCUUACAAGUGAUCAAUAUAAAAAUGCUCAUCAUGUCUGUGGCCUAUUUUCCUUGCCUCUGUUUAUGAAAAUCCUUUUU